CGUUCGCAGUGCCCGGCGACAGCAUCGGCAUUUGACGACAAAAAAUGAUAAUAUACUGUAUUUAAUUAUAUUUUAACCCAAAGCUGACCGCUAGAUGGCGGGGUAACUGGUGUAGGCCACAGACUGGAUUAGGUUAGCCACAAAUCUGUUUCCGACGCCUUACCCAGCAGAUGCAGCCUCUCCUUAGUAUUUUUUUGUGUGUAUUUUUUUUAAUUUAUUGCGGUUUUCUCGCCACCUCUACGAGAUCCUACUGAUACAGUGAAAUGACAUAAAACCAGACUGAAACCGUGCUGAUCAUGGGAGACAGAGGGGCGUCACCAUUGUGCAGAAGUCUGUCCAAAUAUGUCCUGGUCUUCCUCUUCCUCGCUCUGUCUGGCUUCAUCUUCCUGCUGCGCAACAUCCACACGGUGGAGACCUGGAACUGCCAGACGAUCUCGGCCAUCUACCAGCUGCAGAGCAGGAUCCAGUCAAGCGUCGUCCAGGAGAACCUCCCCGCGUUCCGGCGCAACAGCACCUUCUGCCCCCACGUGGGCCAGAAACCGUCCCCCGAGGACGAGCUGGAGGAGCGCUACCUCCUGGACUCCAUCACCUGGCCCGGGCCUCCCGCCGGCCCCGCGCCGCCCGGCCUGCGCCAGACCAGCGACCCCGUGCACAGCCUCUUCACCAUCCUGCCCACCAAGGCGGGGCGGGAGUGGCACCUGGGCGAGCAGCUGGAGGUCCUGGUGCAGAUGCACGACUUCCAGGGCCGGCCCAAGCACUACGGCGGGGACUUCCUCCUGGCCCGGCUGCACUCCCCGGAGCUGGGGGCGGGCGUAGCCGGGCUGGUGGAGGACCACAGGAACGGGUUCUACUCCGCUCUGUUCCCCCUGCUGUGGGUGGGGUCAGCGCGGGUGGAGGUGACGCUGGUGCACCCCAGCGAGGCCGUCGCCGUGCUGCGGCGGCUCAGGGAGAAGCGGGCCGACCGCGUCUUCUUCAAGAGCCUGUUCCGCCUGGGCUUCCUGUCGGAAACCACCGUGUGCAACAUGUGUCUGCCGUCGCACCGGCAGCCGCUGUGCAACUUCACGGACCUGUCCACGGGCGAGCCCUGGUACUGCUACAAGCCCAAGAUGCUCAGCUGCGACACCAGAAUCAGCCACGCCAAAGGAGGAUACCUAAAACACCUCAUCACCAACACCGAGGCCCUGCUCUUCCAAAGUGACGUAAACAUCAAAGUUCAGAUUCACCCUUCAGGAAGCGACCGGAUCUUCGUGCUGCCGCAGAAAGACAAAGGCGAGGAGGAGGGCGGCAGUUUGAAACCCGAAGACAUUCAGUCUGCAGCUUCUGGAUAUUACUACAACUCCUCGUGGAGGCCGCUAGACGGCGCCGCCAUGCGUCAGUUCCGCGAGCCGUCCGCCAUCACUCAGUGCUUGAGCAACAAGGUGAUCUACAUGUACGGGGACUCCACCGUCCGCCAGUGGUUCGAGUACCUCGUCACAAUCGUCCCAGAGCUGAAGGAGUUUAACCUGUACAGUCCCAAAAACGUGGGGCCGUUCCUGGCCGUGGACAGCAAACACAACAUCCUCCUGAACUACCGCUGCCACGGCCCUCCCAUCCGCUUCUCCACGGUGGUGUCCAGCGAGCUGCGCUACGUCUCCAACGAGCUGGACGGGCUGGCGGGGGGCCCCAACACCGUGGUGGUCCUCAGCAUCUGGGCCCACUUCAGCACCUUCCCGGUGGACGUGUACAUCCGCCGGCUGCGCCACAUCCGGCGGGCCGUGGUGCGGCUCAUGGACCGAGCGCCGGGGACGCUGGUGGUGAUCCGCUCGGCCAACCUGCAGGCGCUGGACCAGGAGGCCAGCCUGUACAACAGCGACUGGUACUCCCUGCAGCUGGACGCCGUGCUGAAAACCAUGUUCAAGGGGCUGAACGUGCUCAUGGUGGACGCCUGGCAGAUGAGCCUGGCGCACCACCUCCCCCACGCCCUCCACCCGCCCCCGCCCAUCAUCAGGAACAUGAUAGACAUGCUGCUGUCCUUCAUCUGUCCAGAGAACAAGAAGAGCCAGGAAUAGACCCGGGGGGGGGGGGGGGUCCGGAAGACCAGAGGGAAGAGACGGACGUCGUCGCAUGAAGCUGCACAAACCCCAAACAUCUCUUUGUCUGAUUCUCUCAAAGUCCCAAAGCACAGUUUGCUUGAAUACUGUCCUCAACGAGUCCUUUGCCAAAAUGUUACGGACUCUGUACGCUGCUUACAUUGUAUUUACUUCACUUACGGUAUCUACCAGCACAAAAACCCACCACAAAUCGAGCAAUAUUUAAAGGGGACCUAUUAUGAAAAACACGUUUUUUCCUGCUUUAACAUAUAUAAAGUGGUCUCCCCUCAGCCUGCCAACUCAGAGAAGGAGGAAAGUACGGUGGCCGAGACCCGCCAUUGCUGAAAAUAAAAGUAACGUUGCAAAAAGAAACAAACGCCGCUGCAAAUUAAAGAAACGCUUAGCAAAUAAAA